AUGCCAAGAGAAUUCAAAUCCUUUGGGUCUACAGAAAAGUCUUUGCUGUCGAAAGGACAUGGAGAGCCUAGUUUCAGCGAAAUAUACGCUGAGCCUGAGAACUUUUUAGAGAUUGAGGUGCACAACCCUAAAACUCACAUACCAAAUGGGAUGGAUUCGAAGGGAAUGUUUACAGAUUACGAAAUAAUUUGCCGUACAAACUUGCCAAGUUUCCACAAGAGGGUAUCGAGAGUGAGAAGACGAUACUCUGACUUCGAGUUCUUUCGCAAAUGCUUGAUCAAGGAAAUUUCUAUGCUUAAUCAUCCAAAAGUCGUGGUACCUCAUUUACCGGGUAAGAUUCUCUUGAGUAAUAGAUUCAGUAACGAAAUCAUUGAGGAAAGAAGACAAGGUUUGAAUACCUGGAUGCAAUCAGUAGCCGGGCACCCUCUUUUACAAUCCGGUUCUAAAGUCCUCGUGAGGUUCAUUGAAGCUGAAAAGUUUGUCGGCUGA